GGCGAUGAACAUGUUGUAUUUCAAUUUCAAAACGAUUCGGGACAGUACAUGUCUGUGAUUUGACGCUACACGGAUGCUUUGUUCAAUUUCCAAAACACAAAACACAGAUGUGUUACUCUCAAUUAAAAAUGAUAAAAAGUGGCCAGAGCAGUAUCUUCAGCCAUUGAAUGUUGGAAGGAAUCGUAUUUACGAUAAGUUAAUCGAUGAUAAGAUACUUUGCGCCAGGAACUGCACGAAGUAUCCGUAUCCUCGAAUUUGUUACUUUAAAUUUGUUGCAGAACAAUACCAUGCGAUGGGACCAGCCUGUAAGAAUUGUCCUUUGAGUCGAGACGAUUGCUUCAGUCCACAAUGUGUCAUAGCUGAUGGAAUCGAAAGAACUGUAUUGACAUUCAACAGAUUACUCGAUGGUCCGGCCAUCAAUGUUUGCUACGGUGAUCGUGUCAUUGUCGACGUACAAAAUAAAAUGCCAGCUAGAGAGCUCUCCAUUCAUUGGCAUGGUGUGUUGCAGAAGAGAUUCCCUUGGAUGGAUGGAGUCCCUUAUGUCACCCAAUGCCCAAUACCACAUAAUAGCAGAUUCAGAUAUGAUUUCUUCGCGACCACUUUUGGGACCCAUUUUUAUCAUUCUCAUUCUGGACUUCAAUUAUUUGACGGUUUAUCCGGUGCUCUCAUCGUACGUACCAGUGAUAUAGAAAACCCUCUGAGAGGUCUCUACGAUUACGACUUAUUUUCUCAUACUAUUCUUAUACAAGAUUGGUUGCAUGUCAUGAUGGAUGAUAAAUUCCCUGGUUACAAUAGGAACAAGACAAUGAUCACGAUCAAACCUGAUACUUAUUUAAUUAACGGAAUGGGUGCAUAUUUGAAUCCGGUAACUUUACAAUGGACUGGAACUCCAUUCGCUGAAUUUCGAGUAAAACCAAAUAAAAGAUACAGAUUUCGUAUAGUUUCGGUCGCCUCAACCACUUGUUCGCAUCAGUUCACCGUCGAGGGUCAUGCUUUGGAAUUGAUAGCCACUGAUGGAUACCUAAUUAACCCCCAAAAAGUUAGAACGCUUUAUAUGGCCGGAGGAGAAACUUAUGAUGUGGUGAUCACUGCUGAUCAGACUCCUCGACCGUACUGGAUACGAGUUCAAGGAGUGGAAGGAAACUGUGCUACUGCUUUUCAACAAGCUGUCUUGAGAUAUAAAGGGACUCCAGAAGAUUCAAUGCCACCUACGCAGAAUACAGAGGCUUUGUUCAACUCCAUAUCGGAAUUACCGGAACUGAAUAAUAUGAGAAGAACAUGUCGAAAAAAUGAUGAUAAUUUAUGUUUGGAUGAAAUCAGUUCAUUGUACAGAGCUCCGGAUAGAUUAUUUGGAGCGCCAUAUAAACGAUUUACUUUCACCAUAGAUGCGCAUUUGUUCAUUCCGGAAGAGUUAUAUUUGAGUGACAGUUAUCACGAAUAUUAUCUUCCAGAAUCAGGACCUGAUGUGACUCCUUUAGGGGGAAUGUUUGUUGAUACGUUGAACAAUAUGACUAAUAUUUUGCCACCUUUUGUUCUGCUUGGUGAUCCAAAAAAUUCGUUGAUUGAUAAGAUUAAAUGCCCGGAAAAGUGUGAUUCUUGGUGCGAAUGCUUGUAUUUAAUCAAACUGCGUCGAGAUGAAGUGUACGAAAUGAUUUUUAUUGAUGAAUUAUCGGUCGAUUUAUUAAGAAUGGAUCAUCCCUUCCACACGCACGGUCAUCACUUCGCUGUAAUGAAACUGGGAACUAAAGAAGAUUUAAACAAACCUGGUGCAUUUGAAAUCGAUUUGAAUAACAGAUAUCCGGUUGUUAAAGAUACACUGCUUAUACCAGCGUCUGGUUUUGCUGUCAUCAGAUUUAUUGCUGAUAAUCCAGGAUUUUGGGUCCUCCAUUGUCAUUUCCAAAUCCACAACAUGGUUGGUAUGGUAAUCGUCUUACAAGUUGGGGAAUUUGACGAAAUGCUCCCAAUCCCUGCGAAUUGGCCCAAGUGUGGGAAUUACCUGCCCCCGGAAGUGAAUGAAGAGCAUGGUUGGGCUUCCCAGUUUAUGAAUUAUUUUACCGCUUGGACAAAUAAACUGGCCUCUUUUGUACCCGGCUCAAUCAUCUCAUGGCUUGAAUAUUUUCAAAAAUUAAUUUACUGAUGUUCCUACCGAAAUUGAGUAAUUUCCGAAGAGAUCGAAAAAUGAGUCCAUUUUGAUUGGUUUACCUGAAAUGCUGGACAAAUCAAACCUAGGCUAUCUAUUUCUGAAAAUGCGUUGAACAGUUUUAGAAAAAUUUCUCCUUUGAAUACGAAAAAAAUCGUAUCCAGGAGUACAUAAUUUUCAGAGC